AUGAAAAAACUUACUUCAGUUCUUUGUUGUGUGAGUGGUAACAACAAGGUGUUUGGAUCAUCAAGAAGGGCUUGUUCCUUUCUGAAAAGCAAGUUAAUAACUACUCCAUUGAGUCAUGAUGAUAACAACAACAACAACAUCAGGAAUUUCUCCACUGGCAUCCUUUCAUCUUUCCACUCCGAUCACAGUUAUUCCAUACAACCACCAGCCACCCAAACACCACCAACAUCAUCACCCACGAGCGCUAAACCUGCUUCAAAUCCUCUUCCAGGCAUUAAACACAUUAUUGUCGUGAGUAGUGGAAAAGGAGGUGUUGGUAAGAGUACCGUAGCGACCAAUUUGGCACUUGCUCUCUCCUCCUUCUGCCAAAAAUCGGUCGGCUUAAUGGAUGCAGAUAUCUAUGGUCCGAGCAUACACCGAAUGAUGAAUGUGAGUGGAAAGCCUAAUAUGAAUGAAGAAACAAGAAAAAUCAUUCCAAAAUCAAAUUAUGGAGUGAGAGUGAUGAGUAUGGGAUUUUUAGUGCAAGAAGAUGCACCAACCAUUUGGAGAGGUCCGAUGGUGAUGGGUGCUGUGGAUCAAUUAUUGACACAAGUGGAAUGGGGUGAAUUGGAUAUUUUGGUCAUUGAUUUACCUCCUGGAACAGGAGAUGCACAACUUUCAAUUUGUCAAAGAGUUCAACUUUCUGGUGCUGUUAUUGUAAGCACACCACAAGAUAUUGCUUUGAUUGAUGUCAGAAGAGGUGUCAACAUGUUCCGAAAAUUGUCUGUUCCAAUUCUUGGAAUUGUUGAAAAUAUGAGCUAUUUUAAGUGCUCGAAUUGUGGACAUGAAGAACACAUUUUCGGUCAUCAUGGAGCCAGGAAAACUGCAAAAGAAAUGGGACUGGAAUUCAUUGGUGAAAUCCCAUUGCAUACUCAAAUUUGUGAAACAAGUGAUACUGGAAGACCGGUUGUAAUUUCCGAUCCUCAAAGUGAAAGGGCUGCAGCGUUCGUGAAAAUAGCAAGACGUGUUGUGGACAGAUUGGAGAGUGAAUCAGGUUCAAUUCCGAAAAUCAUAAUUGAAGAAGAUCAAUAG